AUGGCUGACCCCGAGCGUGGGGGCGCCUCUGCGGCGGACGGCGAGGAGGAGGAGAUCGUCGAGACCGACCCCGAGGGACGGUACUACCGCUACGGCGAGGUGGUGGGCCGCGGGCGGUUCAAGCAGAUAUACAAGGCGUUCGACACCCAGAUAGGCAUCGAUGUGGCCUGGAGCAAGAUCUGCGCCGAGCCGCACCACCUGAGCCAGGCGCAGCUGCAUGAGAUCGUUGAGGAGAUGACCAAGGGCCUCGAGUUGGAGCACCCCAACAUCAUUAAGUGCUUCAAGUGCUGGGAGGACCACGAGCACAACUGCAUCAACCUCAUCACCGAGCUCUUCACCAGCGGCAACCUGCGCCAGUACCGCAACCUCCACAAGCACCUUGACCUGAAGGCGGUCAAGCGCAUGGCGCGCCAGAUCCUGCGUGGCCUCGAGUACCUGCACGGCAUGAAGCCACCGCUCAUGCACGGCGACCUGCGCUGCGACAAGAUCUACGUCAACGGCCACAGCGGCGAGAUCAAGAUCGGCGACCUCGGCCUCGCGACGCUCAUCCCGCUGCGCUGGGAGGCCGACGGCGGCCCCUCCCCCGAGUGCGCGGACGCCGUCAACCGCCACGACGUGCGCUCCGACAUCUUCGCCUUCGGCCUCUGCAUGCUCGAGCUGCUCACGCUGAAGCAGCUCGACCCGCAGCACAGCGGCGACACUGACGCGCUGCUGCGCGAGGUGGCCGACGACGACAGCAAGCGCUUCAUAUCGCACUGCGUGGGCGGGCUGGCGGCGCGGCCGACGGCGGAGGAGCUGCUGGAGGACCCGUUCUUGCAGCUGAAGAAGGCGGCGCUGGGGCCCGGCGCGGAGGGCAGCGCUGCGCAGCUGGCGCCGCAGCCGGAGCCGCUGCCGAGCGGAGAUGACGGCGAGGGUGAAGGCCACAUCGCCAUCGGCAAGCUCCGGGGGGAGGACUACAACUUUGAGUUCCACGGAAAGGUCAAGGACGGCAAGAUGCACUUCCGCCUCUUCAUGACUCAGGUCUCCGACCUCCCCAACGGCCCCGCCGCAAACGGCGACUCCCCCGCCGCCGGCGCCGACGCCGGCGCGCCCGAGCAGCAGCAGCAGCAGCCCCCGCCGCCGGCGCUGCCGGUCGUGAGGACCAUUGACUUUGUGUUUGACCCCGAGGUGGACACGGCCGACAACCUGGCGGGCGAGAUCAGCGAGGAGUUCUCCCUCAGCCCCACAGACACGGAGAUCUGCGCCGCGGCGCUGCGGGAGUGGCUGGCUAAGGAGAUGCCCGGCAGCGAGGGCGGCAAGUAG